UGCGUCAUCAAUGAGCGACGCGUUACAAAACAACAGAACUAAAGUCCAACUUACUACAUAUUCAUAAACAGCUCGUUCGCAGUGAUGUCUGAUUGGGGCGUCAAGUCUGAUCUCCUCCAGCGGUUUCUGGAUGCAGCAUCCACAGGAGACAUGAAAACGCUGAUGCUCAUGAUAGAUCAGUCCUCAGAUUUGCUGAACCAGAGAGGAGAGAAGGGCUGGAGCGCACUGAUGCUGGCUGCCAGACACGGCCACCAGGAGGUGGUCAAGGCCCUGCUGGAGAACGGAUGUGAUACGAGUGCACAGAAUGGCUCAGGUCAGACGGCCAGAGAUGUGGCGGUGUUUUGGGGUCACCGUCACGUGGCCAGUCUGCUGUCCGGUUCCCCAGAUGUGGAUCAUUUGCCCAUCGGAGGCGUUCAGGAGCUGGACAUCUACUUCAACAGGCAGAUGCUGGACAGAAAGAGUGAGAAGCGCACAGAUUCAGCCUGGAUCUCUGAAAAGCAGGCCGAUCCAGACACCGUCUUCAUCGUUUUCCAUGACCUGUGUCCACUGGUGCGCCGCGGAGCUCAAGACACGAAGUCGAGUGUGUGUCGGCUGAGAGCACCAGCGCUGCAGAAACUGCUCACACAUGAGCACACGCUGUUGGUGUUUCUGGGGGUCCAGAAGAAGGAGGUGGCCUGGUUUGCUGUCAGCACUGAAGACGAGCCCACUGAUUUACUGGAAACACUGGAGGGAGAGUGUUUCUUCCUGCAGCCCGCGAUGCCUGGACUGCUGACCAUGAGCGAUGAGGACGCAGGAGUGGUGGCUCAGGCCAGAUCUGUUCUUGCGUGGCACAGCCGCUACCGUUUCUGCCCGACGUGUGGCAGCGACACUCGAGUGGAGGACGGCGGAUACAAGAGAACCUGUUUGAGAGCAGGCUGUCGGAGUCUGCAGGGCGUCUACAACACCUGUUACCCCAGAGUGGAUCCAGUAGUGAUCAUGCUGGUCAUUCACCCCGAUGGGAAUCAGUGUCUGAUGGGACGCAAGAAGAUCUUUCCCCCUGGGAUGUUCUCCUGCCUCGCUGGCUUCAUAGAGCCAGGCGAGUGUGUGGAGGCUGCGGUGCGGCGUGAGGUGCAGGAGGAGAGCGGUGUUCAGGUGUCUGUGGUCCAGUAUGUGUGCAGUCAGCCCUGGCCGAUGCCCUCCUGCCUGAUGAUCGGCUGCCACUGCGUCGCUCUGACCACAGACAUCAGUGUGGAUCAGCAGGAGCUGGAGGAGGCGCGCUGGUUCACACGUCAGCAGGUCAUCGACGCGCUGCUCAAACACAAACACGCUGCAUUUAUUAUGCCACCGCAGCAGGCCGUCGCUCACCAGCUCAUCAAACACUGGAUUGGAUUCAACGCAAACCUCUGAACUCAGACUCUCCGACGCUUCACAAGCGUGACCUUUCGUCUUGUUUUCCAGUAUAUUCCAGAUCCCUUCCCAAGGUCUGCAUAAACCAAGCUCUUUUGUUUCUGUACGAUGACAUGUUUACAACUGAAAGUGAAUAUUGAGUAGGGGGCAGGGUUUAUUUUUGAGCUCCACCUCUCAUCUUUCACUCACAGCAAACUAAUGGUUGGAGGGUGUGGCUUAGCGUAUUUCGUCCAAUCAGAAUCAUCAGAGAAGCACUGCAGUUCCAGAGCAAAUGGGCAGAUUUAUAGGAUUUCUGCAGGUUUCAGGUCAAAUUUAAGCCAUUUUUAAGAUCAUCAUGAAUAAAAUAAACACUAAACACUCA